GUUGAAAGUGCACGUGGGAAGAGCGGCAGAGUCUUCUCUGUAGUACUCUCUCCCGGGGAAAACUUACCGCGACGUCGUGCUUCAAUAACAGAUAUAACAGACUUGAAUGGCUUUACAUACAUCCUAUGCAUGGGCAAUCUAUGGCAACAAAAGUAUAGAAGUUGGAGUCAAAUAUUGCACCGUCAAGGGUCUGGCAUUGCAUGCUUUGCAAGUUGUGCGGCGGCGCAUGUAUCAAAAUGUCAACUCAAUCGACCAUAUCUGCGAAAGUGUCUAAAAUCACCCUUUGCAGCUGUCAAGAUGCGAAAGUGACCUUGGACUUGUAUGAUCGCUUAAAUCCAACCCGAUGGCAUUAUUGUGUAAUACGCAUUGGAACGCUAAAAAAAAAAAUUCUCCACAUGACUCCAUCUUCCACCAUAAUUGAUUUCUCGGAAAUACACCAGACAGACCAAAACUCCAAGGGCGUAGCCUCGUCAUUCAGCCCUUGGGCAUUUUUUUUUUAAAAACGCACAUUAUUGCGUCGUCUAUCUUCAACCUUUGUUCAUCCUCCAAUGCCAUAUGUCCGUCACUACAACUGCAACAAUAGCUCCAGUCGAGCCCCUGCGGCUUGAAGUUACUGCUAGUAACACUGUAUCAGCCCACCAUGUGCUGCGGCCACCAGUGCGUGAUUCCCGAUUGCGAAAAGGUGUUGCGCUGAGCCAGCUGUUCGCCGUGACUCUGACUGCCAGUGUCAUCAAUGGAUUGGUUAUUGUUGGCUUGCCUACAAUCACCAAAGACCUUCAAAUACCGUCUUCGCUUUCCUUUUGGCCAUCCUCAGUGAGCAGUCUCGCUACUGCCUCGACUCUUCUGCUCGCAGGCUCCUUCGCCGACACGGUUGGUCCGCGAUGGGUCGAACUGGUCGGCUGCUUUUCCAGUGGUGCUCUAAUGCUCGCCCAGGGCUUUUGUCGAACAGGUCAGGAGUUGGUUGUGUUGAGAGCUCUUCAGGGAGUCGGUCUAGCGAUGCACUUGGCCGCUUCAAUCUCCAUCGUGACGCAGCUUUUGCCCCCCGGGAGAGGCCGAAAUGUUGCGUUUUCGUGCUUGGGUCUUAGCCAGCCCCUUGGGUUCUCGCUGGGCCUGGUUGUCGGAGGCAUCCUGGUGGACACGAUUGGUUGGCGUUCGGGCUGGUACCUUGCUGGAGGCAUCACUCUCUUCUUUUCCGUUGUUGGUUUGUGGGCAUUACCUCGAGGUGGAACGACUCGCUACGCGGAUCUUAUGCAUAAUGUCCGGACCAAGAUUGACUGGGUAGGCGCUGGCCUGGCGUCUGCAUUCAUGGCUUUGCUGUGCUAUCUCCUGGCAAUCUUGAGCGCCAACCCUUCUCGGAUCAAGUCUGCCGAGAGCAUUGUCAUUUUGUGCCUCGCUGCCACGGCUCUACCAUCCUUCCUUGGCUGGGCUCACCGUCAAGUCCAGAGGGGUAAACCAGCCCUUAUCCCAAACUCGCUAUGGCGGAACACGGCCUUCUCCAGCAUUUGCGCGACAAUCGCCAUGUCUAACGCAGUCAUUAACUCCAUGGAGCUUUUUGCUAGCUUGUUCUUCCAGGAAGUCCAGCACCUAUCCGCGCUCGACGCAUCCAUCCGCAUUCUCCCCAGUCUCGUCGUCGGUGUUCUCCUAAACCUUGUAAUUGGUAUCUUCGUGCACAAGAUCCCCGCCGUCUGGAUCGUAACUAUCACAUCGAUCCUGUGCGCUGGGUCCCCACUCCUCAUGGCUGUAGUGCAGCCCUCCUGGCCAUACUGGGGUAACGCCUUUGUUGCACAGCUUCUGCAACCCGUCAGCUUCGACGCUCUCUAUACUGUUGGUCUCAUUGUCAUCACGAAUAGUUUCCCAGAUGAUACACAGGCACUCGCGGGCGCAGUCUUCAACACGGCGGCGCAAUUUGGAAGUGCUCUGGGUCUGGCUGUUUUGCAGGUCAUCUCGACUGUCGUGACGGACAAGCGGGAUGACGAAUCGGCGGAGGCCCUGAUGGCUGGGUACCGGGCGAGUUUCUGGACUAUGUUUGGGUUCAUGAUUUUGUGUACGGUGGUUGGAUUUUUCGGGUUGAGGAAGGCUGGCAAGGUUGGUUUGAAGAGGGACUGAAGAGGCGAAAGCCGCCAUGCUCCAGAAGCUGCAUUGUUAUGGGGGGAUGACACAGCAAACAGGCAGAAAUUGGUGCUUGGUGUUGUUUCACACCCCGCGGCUAUAUACUGGGAAUUUGCAAAAGUGUUUUCAAUGUCCAGCAACUUGGCGUGAUAUAUGAAUAUAUACGUCUCUCUGAGAUUCGAGGAGCAAAACAAGUCUUUCGGCGAACCUAACCGUAAUUCGGAAUCUGGUGGUAUGAUUUGGCCUGCAGAAAGGCGGGUACUCAUACUCAGGACGUCGUUGGAAUCAAGGCGACAUUGGGAUAGAUGGCUGCUUGAGUCUUCAGGAACAAACGUUCAACAGGGCGAUAAAACAAAGGUGU